AUGUAUAUUCAAUUUCCGGCGCAGCAUGGUGACACGUUGUUGAAGUUCCGUUUAUCAAUUUGCUUCCACGCCACUUGUCUAGCCGCAAUUCUAUGCCUCGUCGUUGGUGCACUACUAUGGAUUAUGGAAUCGAAAAACAUCUAUCACUUUGACACCAUCUUUUCGGCACGCCGUCAUGCACAGGAUAGUGUGGUGGAUGUAUACAAAGACGAUGCCAGCAUGACGACAACAUUAAGCUCUGAUAGCCGUAUUAGCGGAAAGUGGAGACCUCGGUGCUCUUCUAUCGCUUCCGACAUAUUCUUCAAGCCGGGUCGUUAUACUGAAGAUCUGAGACUCUGA